AUGUUGUCGCAACCCUCCAUGGCGAUAUUGACGUCAGCUUCCGCUUCGGCUGCAGCAAAGAAGAAGGGCAAGGUUGCUGCCGCUGGCGCGAAGAAGACGAAAACGACGGCCGCCGCGGCUGCGGGCAGAACCGCCCCCUCUGCAAAAACCACCACCGCUGCGAGAAAACCUUCGACGGCUAAAAGUACCGCACCCAAGAAGAAGGAGCAACCCGUUGCAUCCGCUGCCGCUGCGAAGAGGAAGAGCAACCCUGCAGCCUCCAAGCCGGAGGGCUCGAAGAAAGUCUUGGUGAUCGUGGAGUCCCCGGCCAAGGCGAGGACAAUCACGGAGCUCCUCAAGAAGGCCGCCGCUGGCGGCGGCGGCGGUGGUGAGCUCUACAAGGGUUACACCGUGGACGCCUGCAACGGCCACGUGACGGACCUGGUCGGCAAGAGGAGGGACGUGCCGGCGGAGCUGAAGGAGCAGACCAAGGGCUGGGAUGUCGUUGGCGUGGACGUGGAGAACGAUUUCAAGCCGCUGUACAUCCAGAACCCCAAGAAGAAGGCGAUCAUCACCCGGCUCAAGAAGGCCUCGGCCAAGUGUGACGAGAUAAUCCUGGCCACCGACGAGGACCGAGAGGGGGAGGCCAUCAGCUGGCACCUGUUGCAGGUCCUGGAACCGAAAGUUCCGGUCAAGAGGGCGGUGUUCCACGAAAUCACCCAGGAAGCACUCGUGAAGGCGUUCGAGGUCAGACGGCAAAUGCUGUAA